AUGGAGCGCAUCUGUACAAAGCCUACGGAUGUUUCAACGACGGCAUGUUUCUGCACUAACCUGACGGUGCCAGUGCUGACUAUUGAGGUGCAGGGUGCGGACUUUGUAGCACUGCAGAGCUCGAUUUGUCCUGUGGGGAAGAACGUUUACUUGGGCCUUCGUCAGUCUGCGCACGAAGCGCUCGCGUGCCGCAAAUUUAUCAGGAAGGAAGGAUAUGCCGACACUUUCGAUCGCUUGAGCCAUUUGUAA